UCCGGCUUACCCGGAGGAAGAGAGGAGGAGGAGGAGGAGGGCGUUGGCGGACCCUUGUUUGAAGGAUCGAAGCGGCUCCUGGGAGACAAAGAGGAUGCCACGACGAACACUCUGGACAACAGAGAAUGAGAAACAGCAUUAAUAUGUAAAACAAACCAUCAAUCAAAAUCUUCCACUUCUUCCAGGAAGCGUAAAAUCUCUUCUCCUUCCCCAGCUGAUGAGAGACAAUGGAGAGAAUUACAAGAACAAAGCUUUCAGCUGGGAAAAAAUAGAGUAUUUGGAACUCAAGGAAACAUUACAUGAAAAGUCAAGGAGGAUAAUUUAUAAAUAAAGAACACCUGGAAAUCAGUGGGAAUAAAAAGGAUACCCCUGGAUAGUCAAAACUGGCAGGCAUUAACAAAAGGCUUUGUGUAAGAAAAGAGUAGCUUGAAUCAAAGAACCACUAGGUAAGGGAUCCUAAACAUUGUUGGCCUCCUCAAGAAUCCAAGAAUAUCAAUGUUGGAAAAUCCCUACCAACUGCUUAGUAUGGGAACAACACAGAUUGCAGAUCACAUCUGUUAGAUGCAUAAGUUGAACCAUCCUGUAAAAAGCCAUACAAAUGUUUGGGGUGUGGCAGAAGCUUUACUCAGAACAGGUCGCUCGUGAUUCCUGGAAGGAACCAUACGGAAGAGAAACUCUCCCACUGCUCCCAUUGUGACAAAAAAUUAGCAUGCAAACCAAUCUGGCGAUACACAAGAGGACUCACACCCCGGAGAAACAAUAUGAGUGUCUGGAUUGUGGGAAAAGUUUUCUGCAUAAUUCUAAGCUGGUGAUACAUCAGAGAACUCACACGGGAGAGAAACCAUAUGAGUGUCCCGAUUGUGGGAAAAGUUUCAGUCAGAAUUCCUACCUGGUGCGGCACCGGAGGACUCACACAGGAGAAAAACCAUAUGAGUGCCCGGAUUGUGGGAAAAGUUUCAGUCGGAAUUCCCACUUGGUGGAACACCAGAUGACUCACACAGGAGAGAAACCAUAUGAGUGUCCAGAUUGUGGGAAACGUUUCCAGCAGAAUUCCAAACUGGUGGUACACCAGAGGACGCACACGGGAGAAAAACCAUACGAGUGUCCGGACUGUGGGAAAUGUUUCAAGGAGAAUUCCAAACUGGUGAUACACCAGAGGAGUCACACAGGAGAGAAGCCAUAUGAGUGUCCCGAUUGUGGGAAAAGUUUCACUCAGAAUUCCUACCUGGUGAUACAUCAGAGGAUUCAUACGGGAGAGAUACCAUUUGAGUGUCUGGAGUGUGGGAAACUUUUUAGUAGGAAUUCCAAAUUGCUUAUGCAUCAGAGGACUCACACGGGCGAGAAACCGCUUGAAUGUCCUGAUUGUGGGAAAGGUUUAAAUUGCAAUUCUGACCUGGUGGUACACCAGAGGAUUCACACAGGAGAAAAACCGUUUGAGUGUGUGGAGUGUGGGAAAACUUUCAUUCAAAAUUCCCACCUUGUGGAACACCGCAAAACUCACACAGGAGAGAAACCAUAUAAGUGUCCAAUUUGUGGGAAAGGUUUCUAUCGGAAUUCCCAUGUAAUAGUACAUCAGAGGUCUCACACAGGAGAGAAACCAUAUGAGUGUCUGUUUUGUGGGAAAGGUUUCAGUCAGAAUUCCUAUCUGGUUAAACACCACAGGAUUCACACAGGAGAAAAACCAUAUGGAUGUCCUGAAUGUGGGAAAAGUUUCAGUCGGAAUUCUGACUUGAUGAUACACUGGAGGACUCACACAGGGGAGAAACCAUACGAAUGUCCAGAUUGUGGGAAAGCUUUCAGUAUCAGGUCUAGCCUUGUAAAUCAUGUAAGGUUACACACAGGGGAGAAACCAUUCAAGUGUCCAGAUUGUGGGAAGUGUUUCACACAAAAUUCCUCUCUUAUCGCACACAAGAAAUUCCAUAAUGGUGAGAAACCAUAUGAGUGUCUGUAUUGUGGGAAAAGUUUUCUGCAUAAUUCCAAGCUGGUGAUACACCAGAGGACACACACGGGAGAGAAACCAUAUGAGUGUCCAGAUUGUGGGAAAAGGUUCAGUCAUAAUUCGAACCUGGUAAUACACCGGAGGACUCACACGGGAGAAAAACCAUAUGAAUGUCCAGAUUGUGGGAAAAGUUUCCAGCAGAAUUCUAAACUUGUGGUACACCAGAGGACUCACACAGGAGAGAAACCAUAUAAGUGUCCAGAUUGUGGGAAAGGUUUCAAUUGGAAUUCCGAAUUGGAAGUACACCACAGGACUCACACUGGAGAAAAACCAUAUGAGUGUCCGGAUUGUGGGAAAUGUUUCAGUCGGAAUUCCCACCUGGUGGAACACCAGAGGGCUCACACAGGAGAGAAACCCUAUGAGUGUCCAGAUUGUGGAAAACGUUUCCAGCAGAAUUCAAACUUGGUGAUACACCAAAGGACUCACACGGGAGAGAAACCAUAUGAGUGUCCCGAUUGUGGAAAAAGGUUCAAGCAGAAUUCCAAGCUGGUAGUACAUCAGAGGACUCACACAGGAGAGAAACCAUAUAAGUGUCCCGAUUGUGGGAAAAGUUUCAGUCAGAAUGCCAACCUGGUGAUACAUCAGAGGACUCACACGGGCGAGAAACCAUUUGAAUGUCCUGAUUGUGGAAAAGGUUUCAAUUGCAAUUCUGACCUGAUGGUACACAAAAGGACUCACACAGGAGAAAAACCGUUUGAGUGUCUGGAGUGUGGGAAAACUUUCAUUCAAAAUUCCCACCUUGUGGAACACCGCAGGACUCACACAGGAGAGAAACCAUAUAAGUGUCCAGAUUGUGGGAAAGGUUUCUAUAGGAAUUUCCAUAUGAUAGUACACCAGAGGUCCCACACGGGAGAGAAACCAUAUAAGUGUCUGUUUUGUGGGAAAGGUUUCAGUCAGAAUUCCUAUCUGGUUAAACAUCACAGGACUCACACAGGAGAAAAACCAUAUGAGUGUCCUGAUUGUGGUAAAGGUUUCAAUUGCAAUUCUGACAUGGUGGUACACCAGAGAAUUCACACAGGAGAAAAACCAUAUGAGUGUCCUGAAUGUGGGAAAAGUUUCAUUCGGAAUUCUGGCUUAGUGAUACACUGGAGGACUCACACAGGGGAGAAACCAUAUGAGUGUCCAGAUUGUGGGAAAGCUUUCAGUAUCAGGUCUAGCCUUGUAAAUCAUGUAAGGUUACACACAGGGGAGAAACCAUUCAAAUGCCCAGAUUGUGGACAGUGUUUCACACAAAAUUCCUCUCUUACUGCACACAAGAAAUUCCAUAUGAAGCAAAAUUUGAUGUGUGUGGAGGAAUCUUGAAUUUUGUUUCUCCUCUCUCUUUGGAAGCCGAGUUGAGAAAUUAACCAUUUAAUUAAACAUUCACUUUCUUGCCUUAAUUGUUUUUAGUCAAACAUGUCUUAGUAUCAAAAACCAGGGAGGAGAUCUGAGCUUCCUUUCUCUAGAGUUGUGCAGUUGUUCCCUUUCACAGAGUUGAGGGGAAUUGCCAUGCUGGGCCAGAGAAAAGUUGCUCAGAUCUCUAUUAGGUAUGUUUGCCACCUUGAGUUGUUUCUAGAUAUAAUAAAGGCAGGAUAUAGAUACGUAUGUAUGCAUGCAUGUAUUUUUGUUAAGAAAUUGUGUAUGGCAGCCCAACCCAAUGUGACUCCAGAUGGCUUACAGCAAUAAAACCUUAAUACA